AUGACAACAACUACUGUCAUGUCUUCAGACGCCCCAACAGCUGCCCACAAACUUCCACUCACCCCGCAAACCCUCACCUCAAACUCCUCAAUUCAAGCACUCAUCACAACUAGCGUGUCUGCCACUCCUCCUCCUCCUUCAAGCACCUCACCCUCACCUUCACCCUCAACCACACCCUCAACCACACCCUCAACUACACCCAGCAAGACAUUAGACUCUCAGGCAAACACCACUCAAUCCCAGACUUUACCUCCAAGCACCAUGUCCAACACCACAGUGACUGUCACAAAAGCCACCACACCAGCCCCUCCACAGUGUUCUUACAUUGUCAAAGCCAUCAAGUUUGGCUUCCAGAUUGACAUGAUGACCUCUACCACUGGCAACUACACAAUAAACAUUAAAGAAAAGGGACGACCAAAGACUGAAGAAACCGUUCAUUCUCCCAAUAAAAACUCAACACAUGAAAUCAAAGACCUGAAGCCCUGUACUGAAUAUGAGCUUAAUGUGACAUUUAUUGAUAGUGCUGGCAAAGAAACAUCCUGUAACAGCACUGAAAAUAAAACUCGGACAAAUGGAAUAAGUGAAGGUGACAUUAGAGUUGAAAGCUGCAUGCCUGGAUACGUUUGUUACCGGAGUGAUUGGGACAUCAGCUCUUCUCUAAUUCCAUCAAAUAAUAUUCCACCUAAGAAAUGCAACCAUGACAGUAAAGUGUUCUGUAUCAAACCUGAUAACAUUUGCAGAAAUUUGACUACAACCUUCACUUCAGGAAACUGUUCGGAUUCCUUCACCAGAAGCAUCACUGUUGAUUUCUUAGAUCCUAGUGAAAUAAAACAGCCAGAUUCAAAUCAUCUUCCUGCAAUAAAACCAAAAUUACCUCCAAACUGCAGUAAUCUCACCAUUGAUUACACCUGUCAGGAAAAUGGAAACCUCAAUGACACCAAGGAACUGUCUGAGCUGGAGCCCUUCACAGACUACAGCUGUACUGGUCAGAUCAAGGAAAACCACGUCACCAUUAACAACACAACUCCUUUCAACUUCAGGGUUAACUGUGAUCUUACAUUAAACUACAUAAAGAAUACUACAACCAAUACCUCCAUUCAUCUGGAAUGGAACACGACCAGUAACAAGUGUCAAGGUGUCCUUCCUAAUCUAAAGAAGCUCUCUUACGACUGCAGUUGUACUCCUACUGACUCAGAUCAUAAACACAGACCUACAACUAAAAAACUACCAUCAGGAGGAACAUGUGAUAUUACUGGACUGGAACCAUUCAAAGAUUAUACCUGUAAAGUCCAACCCAAAUACAACAACAAGGAAGAUUUCAACCCUCAGACAGUUAGACAGAAGACUGCGAGUGGAACACCAGAGAAAAUAAAUACACUGACGUUGAAAGUUCCAGAGAAUAACGUGAUAACAGUAACCUGUAAUUAUGGAGAUGUCAAGUUUAACGGACCUCCGAGAUCCUUCACUGCACAUCUUCUUUAUGAUGGUAUCACUCAGAAGGAGCUGACAAACAAUAAAUGCGAUUUUGAAUUCGAAGAUCUAAGCUACUCAACGGAAUACAAAGUAAAGGUGACUGCUUUCAACGGAAGAUUUUACAGCGACCCCAACACAGAAUCUGUUUCCACUCGCUACAAUGACAAAGCUGUCAUUGGUUUUCUGGUCUUCAUCAUCAUCAUCAUUGCUUUUGUGGCCUUGGUUCUGGCGGCCUACAAGAUCUACCAUUACAGAAAGUCCAAAAAUGAUGUGAGAGGGGAUGUGAUGCCUGAACCAACAGAAACUGCUGUAGUUUAUGUUAAUGUACCUCGAUUUAAAUACCGCCAUAAGGACACACUCUGAUGAAGAAAGACCCGAUGGAGCUGCGAAACAAAUCAUCAUUUACUCCUAUAUGUUUUUCUGUAUAAAGUAGGCCUCUUAUUCUAGCCAGUAAUAUGUUUAGACUGAUAAUGCCUUGCUUGACAGAGCUCCAACAUGUUGUUUUAAGUGCUUAUUUUGUUGGAUAGUACAUACUUUUUAUGUUGUUUAAUGUGCACUUUGUGGCAUUGUUCUUCUCUCAUUCAAAUUUGAAUCUCAAGGACAUGAGAUAGGAGAAAUGUUAUAAUAAUACAAUGUUACAUACAAGUUUUAGUUCCCGACCAUAAAGGGGUCUUUGAUCAUCUUGCAUGUGUAUGACUUAUUAUUACCUAUCAUAAUAAAACUUUACAUUGGA